UACAUCAAAUUUAACAUAAUCAGCAAAAGUAUUGCACGCAUAUCUCAGAUUCGGUCAAUCAUAAACGAUUACAACUUGGAUUACAUCGAUCUGAUUAAAAUUUACAACAUCUUCAGCAAAUAUGAAAGCUUUUAUAAUUUUUGUGUUAUUUAGUGUGCUAACGGCCAUUAAUUGUGCGUGGGCUGCCCCUAGUGUUGAAAAUAAUAAAAUCGAAAAUGACGCUUCAUCAUCUUCGAGAUACGGAACGGCAGCCCGUUAUUUGGGCUCUUGUUUCGAGCAAGACGACACAACCACUUGCUUGGCCGUUAAAGGCAUUGUAGCCUUGAAUCGUGCCGCCAAGAUGAACAAUAUUAUAUUAACGGAUGGUUUAUCUCUUAAAAGAGAUCCUGAAAGUCCUGUACAACGCUUUGGCCGCGCCAUGAUUGAAAAUGAUAUUUAUGCUGAACUGCCGGAAAACGCUGAGGAACGUCAAGAACAUUUGACAGAUAUGGCUGUUGAAUCUGCCGCUGAAUUCUUGUCCACUCAUAACUUGGAAGUUAAACUACCAAAGGAAACCACACAGAGUCUGGCGCGAGCGCUAGAAGAAGGUCGCGGUAAAAUGAAAAAAAUUUUAGGCCCUUUGAUUAUGGCUGUUGGUGCUAAGCUGUUCGCUGUAGUGCCAUUAGUGCUGGGUGCUUUAGCCUUAUUGACCUUUAAAGCUGUAAUUGUGGCCAAAAUUGCUUUAGUAUUGGCUCUAAUACUAAGCGGUUCUCGCUUACUUAGCGGUCUAGGUAACAAAUCCGAUGGCGGUUUGGGCGGUGCCUAUAAUUCGGCAGGUAGCUGGGCCGGCCCUGUAAACUCUGGCUGGAAUGCAGCGGCUUCGUCAUCUUAUCCUUAUGCUCGCAGUAUAGAUUCGCCGAUGGAUAUCGAUAACAACAAAGCCCAAGAACUAGCUUACUCCGGUCAAAUAAACAAUGUGCCUAAUUAGGUGAAGCAUUUUCCACUUAUGAAACCAAAUACUACGCCUUCACUUCGUCUAUAGUUUAUAGUUAAUUUAUUAUAAUUUAUUAUGUCGCACUUAUUUAAGUAUCGCAGUCAAUGCUUUAAUCUCUUACAAACGCAUAUACUUCAAUGGAUAUAACUGCAAUUAACUUCUAGAUUCGAAAAUAGUAAGCAGUGCUUGAAAUGUAAAUAAAAUUCAAUUUGAAAAAUU